AGCUCUUCAUUACCGUAACGACCUUUUCGCUGUGUCUUGUGCGCAUUGUAGUCCCAUUUCCACGCUUACUUCAUAUAUAUCUCGGAGGUACCAAUGUGCUUACCACAAUAUUCCUGACUGAAUGAAGUACACACGCUCUGUUUCAAGCUUGCGCGUUUGAGUGCUACACUGGAUCGAGAAGUUCAUCAGGGACCAGACAACGGCUGGACCCCCAAUCUACCCAAUCCCCAAUCGGUCGUACCAUCGUUAGCGAGGCGUUCUUCGAUGCCCAACCGUUACCAGGUCAUCUUCUUGGUCUCGUUCUUCUCUGUCUUUGCCACCCUCUUUUUCACCUCUCGUUUUAUUGGCGAGAAACUGAGGGCAGCCGGUUACGACGUGUCCGAAAUCAUCCUUAUCGGCUUACCAAGAAAUCGCACUCUAGACCGUGACGUGUCGCAGAGACAACUGGGCAGUGGAGCGAUGCCAGACUUCAAUAGCAGCACUUUCCAGCAAUUGCUAGCUUUGGUCUUAGCGGUGAUAACCAGUGCUUUCAUCUACUACAAGUUCGCGAGCUCUAAGCGGAAGCCUGUUCUGAAUCCCCAGCAAUGGCAGGAAUUCCCUCUGACGGAGAAGAUCGUCAUUUCUCCGAACACUGCUAUCUACCGCUUUGGUUUGCCACAUCCCCAGGCCGUCCUUGGUUUGCCAAUUGGUCAACACAUAUCCGUGGCUGCUGAAAUCAAUGGCAAGGAUAUCAUGCGUAGCUAUACCCCCACGAGCAGUGACAAUGAUCUCGGACAUUUCGAUUUGCUUGUCAAGGCAUACGAGAAGGGUAACAUCUCUCGGUACAUAUCUCUCCUCAAAAUCGGCGACAAGAUUCGCGUCAAGGGUCCCAAGGGUCAAUUCACCUACUCGCCGAGAGUCGCUCGCCACCUUGGAAUGAUCGCUGGCGGCACCGGUAUUACGCCCAUGCUUCAAAUUAUCCGUGCAGUCCUCAAGAACCCCGAGGACAAGACCAAGUUGAGCCUCAUCUACGCCAACGUCAAUUACGAGGAUAUCCUCUUGAAGAAGGAGCUGGACGAGCUUGCUGCCAGGCAUCCCGAUCGUUUCACGGUCUACUACGUUUUGAACAACCCUCCCGUGGGAUGGAAAGGUGGUGUUGGUUUUGUCACAAAAGAACAAAUCAAGGAGCAUCUUCCCUCAACCGACCAUGAUAUUAAAAUCCUUAUGUGUGGUCCACCUCCUAUGAUGACCGUCAUGAAGAAAUAUCUUGCGGAACUCAACUACCCUGCUCCUCGGACUGUCAGCAAGCUUGUUGACGAGGUGAGAAUCAAUAGGUCCUCAAUCCAAGUUCGGUCUAUUAAGCUUUUCUUUCCAGGUCUUUCUUUUCUAGAGGGUUUAUAAAGCGAUAUGUGCCAUUGUCAGCGGACGUAUACCACGGCAUAGAAUUACUAGAUUGUUGGUAAUAUAGGUUGUUUUGCUAUGCUUUGAUGUCUUUCCAAGCAAAUCGUUUGUAGCUAAGGCGUUCAUACGAUUUGGAACGUUGAGUCUCACACUGUGGGAAAUAUGAGGAAACCCCAUGUAAG